AUGUCUGGAAACCCGAUACCCAACUUGCUUUCCCUCCGCGGGUCGAGAGGUGGCCGGGCCGGUCGGGGGCGCGGAAGGGGUCCCGGCGGCGGUCCCUCAUCUUCGGGCCCGACUCAUGAUCAGACGAUUCAAGGAACCGACGACGACGCAGCCGGCUCGCGUUUGAGUGCCGUCAAUGUGGGAUAUCUCGUCGACCCCUACGCGCACUUCUUUGUCGACAACAUAAAUGGGCCUCCUCCGAGAAGACUCCCAAUCAUCAAUCGAGGCACUUACACAAGGACAAACGCUCUCGAUAGCCUCAUUGACAGCUUCUUGGAUGAGGCUGGCAAUGCGCAACCUGGAUCAAAUGAGAGACAAAUCAUCUCGUUAGGGGCCGGCACAGACACACGUCCGUUUCGUCUCUUUCCCAGGGCAAAAAGGCCUCAACUAGUCUACCAUGAGAUAGACUUCUCAGUCACGGUUCGGAAGAAAGCACGUCUAGUGGACUCAUUCCCUCCCUUGCGAAAUAUCCUUGGAGUCCCCUCGGUUGAGGAAGACGGGUCAUGGGGCUGCCAACCAUCUGCGUCAGACAAAUAUUAUUGUCAUGCGCGGGAUCUACGAGAAAUGGUGCAGCCCGGCGCAGCACCUCUCACGGGCAUCAGGACAGAUAUCCCUACUCUACUGAUCUCGGAAUGUUGCCUCUGCUACCUUGAGACAUCCACAACCAAACAAGUAGUAUCAUAUUUUGAGCAGAAGAUUCCCAACCUUGCUAUUGUCGUGUACGAACCCAUCAGGCCCGACGAUCCUUUCGGCAAGAUGAUGACAUCCAACCUUGCGGCAAGGAGAAUACGCAUGCCUACUCUGGAGAAUUAUAAGCUGCCGCAGGAUCAGACACAGCGUCUCCGCGAUGCAGGCUUUGAACACGCCAACGCGCUGACUGUGGAACGCAUUUGGGAAAGCUGGGUGCCAAGCAAGGAAAAGGAGCGGGUGGAUCGUUUAGAGGGCCUCGACGAGGUAGAGGAGUGGAAGCUGUUGGCUGACCACUACGUUAUCGCGUGGGGAUGGAGAGGCGCCGGAUUUACUAUGGACAGUGCCGGCGGAGAGCUGUGA